CAAAAUGGCGGCCGACAGUGAGCCUGAGUCCGAGGUUUUUGAGAUCACGGACUUCACCACCGCCUCCGAGUGGGAAAGGUUUAUUUCAAAAGUUGAAGAAGUCUUGAAUGAUUGGAAACUCAUUGGAAACUCACUGGGAAAACCACUUGAAAAGGGUAUAUUUACUAGUGGCAUAUGGGAGGAAAAAUCAGAUGAAAUUUCCUUUGCCGACUUCAAGUUUUCUAUCACUCAUCAUUUUCUUGUGCAAGAAUCCAGUGAUAAAGAAGGAAAAGAAGAAUUAUUAGAAGAUGCUAUCCCACAAUCUAUGCAAGAUUUGCUAUGCAUGAACAAUGAUUUCCCUCCUAGAGCUCAUUGCCUGGUAAGAUGGUAUGGAUUGCGUGAAUUUGUAGUAAUUGCACCAGCUGCAAAUAAUGAUGCUGUUCUUAGUGAAUCUAAGUGCAAUCUUCUUCUGAGUUCUGUUUCUAUUGCCUUGGGAAAUACAGGCUGUCAGGUGCCACUUUUCGUGCAGAUACAUCACAAAUGGCGAAGAAUGUAUGUAGGGGAAUGUCAGGGUCCCGGAGUUCGAACUGACUUUGAAAUGGUUCAUCUUCGCAAAGUGCCAAAUCAGUAUACUCACCUAUCAGGGCUGUUGGAUAUCUUCAAAUCAAAAAUUGGAUGUCCUUUAACACCAUUGCCUCCAGUGAGCAUAGCUAUUCGGUUUACUUAUGUACUUCAGGACUGGCUACAAUACUUUUGGCCUCAACAACCACCAGAUUUAGAUGCCAUUAUUGGAGGAGAAGUUGGAGGCUUAGAAUUUGGGAAGUUACCAUUUGGUGCCUGUGAAGAUCCUAUUAGUGAGCUCCAUUUAGCAACUACAUGGCCUCACCUUACUGAAGGAAUCAUUGUGGAUAAUGAUGUUUACUCGGAUCUGGAUCCUAUUCAAGCUCCACAUUGGUCUGUGAGGGUUCGGAAAGCUGACAAUCCCCAAUGUUUGCUAGGUAAGAAAAGAGCUAAAUUCCUGUCCAGAUCCAUCCGGCCACCCACAACCCACCCCAAGCCUACCCGAGAGCUUGAAAAGUCCUCUCAGGAGUUUUUGGCAAAUCUCUACAAUCAAUUCAAAUCUGCACCUUCUGAUAGUUUGACAUACAAACUGGCUUUAUGUCUUUGUAUGAUCAAUUUCUACCAUGGAGGAGUGAAAGGUGUGGCACAUCUCUGGCAAGAAUUUGUCCUCGAAAUGCGCUUCAGAUGGGAAAAUAACUUUCUGAUUCCAGGAUUAGCUAAUGGAGUCCCAGAUCUGAGAUGUUGUUUACUACAUCAAAAACUUCAGAUGUUAAAUUGUUGUAUUGAAAGGAAGAGAGCCCGUGAUGAAGGAAAAAAGUCCAGUGUUUCUGAUUAUGCUUCUAGUACUUCUGCAGGAGAUUCUGGGAAAGCAGGAGAUGCCUCUGGGCAGGAUCAUCUAAAAGAUACAGAUAAGGGAAAAUCUUGGGAUUCCUGGAGUGACAGUGAAGAAGAAUAUUUUGAAUGCUUAAGUGACACAGAGGAACUGAAGGGCAAUGGACAAGAGAGUGGAAAGAAAGGAGGGGCCAAAGAAUUAUCAAAUUUAAAGCCAGAAGGACGCCUACAUCAACAUGGAAAACUCACAUUGUUACACACAGGUGAACCUCUCUACAUUCCAGUAACACAGGAACCAGCCCCUAUGACCGAAGAUCUGCUAGAAGAACAGUCUGAGGUCCUGGCUAAAUUGGGGACAUCGGCAGAAGGUGCUCACCUUCGGGCCCGCAUGCAGAGUGCCUGUUUGCUCUCCGAUAUGGAGUCUUUUAAGGCAGCCAAUCCUGGUUGCUUCCUGGAGGAUUUUGUAAGGUGGUAUUCCCCUCGGGAUUAUGUUGAAGAGGAAGUGGUUGAUGAAAAAGGCAAUGUGAUUCUCAAAGGAGAGUUGAGUGCCCGAAUGAAGAUUCCUAGCAACAUGUGGGUAGAGGCUUGGGAAACCGCUAAGCCAGUACCAGCUCGACGGCAGAGGAGACUGUUUGAUGACACUCGGGAGGCAGAAAAGGUGCUACACUACUUGGCAGUCCAAAAACCUGCAGAUCUUGCAAGGCAUCUUUUACCUUGUGUGAUCCAUGCAGCUGUACUUAAAGUAAAGGAGGAAGAAACUCUAGAAAACAUUGCUUCAGUUAAGAAAAUCAUAAAGCAGAUAAUAUCUCAUUCCAGUAAAGUUUUACGAUUCCCUAAUCCAGAAGACAAGAAAUUGGAGGAAAUCAUCCAUCAGAUUACCAAUGUGGAGGCUACUAUUGCCAGAGCACGUUCAUUGAAAGCCAAGUUUGGAACUGAGAAAUGUGAACAAGAGGAGGAAAGGGAAGAUCUAGAAAGGUUUGUCAGUUGCCUCUUGGAGGAGCCUGAAGUGUCAGUCAUUGGUGCAGGAAGAGGACAUGCUGGGAGUAUCAUUCAUAAGUUAUUUGUGAAUGCUCAGAGGCUGACUGAAUCUUCUGAUGAGGCUGCAAGCAUGGCUCCAGUUGAGGAGGAGCUGAAAAGGACAAGCUCUUCUGAAGAACGGAGACAGAACUCAGGGUCGGACUUCCCAGCCCCUGCAGGCCGGGAGCUUAUUUUGCGUACCACCGUGCCCCGGCCUGCGCCCUACUCCAAAGCUCUGCCACAGCGCAUGUACAGCGUCCUCACCAAGGAGGACUUUAGACUUGCAGGGGCCUUUUCAGCCGACACCUCAUUCUUCUGAUUUUUUUUUUUUUAUUUAUCUUAUCGAUGUCUUCAGAGGUAAGGCUAAACUCUUCUUUGGGAGGGAGGGAGGUUGUGCCAGCAAAUGGCAGAUGGCGUGGAGAGGAUACUGCUCUGUUGAAUGAUCGAGGAUCACCUUUCAAGGAAUUAAACCAGCAUCUGAAAGAUUCACCUGCACCAAGCUGUGGUUCUGAUGUGCCUGGUGAGAACAGAGGGGAUGUCAAGAGGCAGCCGGUCAUUUUCAAUGUUUAAAAGGACUAAGGUUUCUGCCCAAAGAGAUAGCCCUGAUCUAGCUUAUUUAAAGAACUGAGGUAGCUGUGUUCUGUACAGGAGCCCAGUUGGAAAGGCUGUGGUACAUAUUCUGUUCCUUUGCAUGACUGUCUUAAAAGAACAAGCCAUCACCCCACACUCACCAUAAAUGUAAACACUAGAUAAUUGUAUUUAUUACUAUCAAGUGUAAAAAAAUAGGGAAUUAACUCAGAUUUCUGGAUAUUUUGGUUGUGUCUUCACUCCACAAAAUCUUCAUGGAUAUUUUAAACCUGCUUAAUCUCUUGUUCAUACAAUCACCUGUGGAAAUCUUGAUUGCACUAGUUAACUCUUAAUGUGCUGUUUUGUUGGGGUUUAUUUUUUUUUCAAACUCCAACAUUUCAUGUAGUUGAUCUAUUUUUCCAUAGAACUUUGCCCUAAAUGGAUUCUUUCUAAAAAUAAUAUAUUAAACCUCAAUGCAAAUAGCUUUAGAUAUAUCCUUCCAAUUUUUUGAUACUGUACUAGUGUACUAAAAUGUGAUCCAGGCCAAAACUUUGUGUAAAACCCUACUUAUCGAUGUGUCCUUUUCCCUCACUACUCCUUACUGUGCAGCAUGCCCUUGUCUUCUCAUUGCUGCCUUGGCAAUUUGUUUAAUGGAGCAAGGAUGGAACACAUGCUGUGAAUGUAACCUGGUAUAUGGAAAAGAUCAUGUGGUCAAUAAAAUUUGAAUGUAUAUGCUUACGUCAUGAAUAAAAUUAUUUUAAAGCAA